GCCACCAAUGAGGGAGCUACCCGCCCCUUCGAGGCCAGGGUGCUGGCAUAAAAGGCAUUGCUGAAUUACAGUCUUGCUGAGCAUCAUUACCGCCAGGUGUGGAUGGCAGAGUGUUUCCUUUCUCUAUUUUAGAGAUAGCUUUAAAAAAACCCUCACUGGCUUUUCCUACAAACAUGUCUUCCAUCAAAAUUGAAUGUGUUUUACGGGAGAACUGCAGGUGUGGAGAGUCUCCAGUAUGGGAGGAAGCAUCCAACUCUCUGCUCUUUGUAGACAUCCCUGCAAAGAAGAUUUGUCGAUGGGAUUCAGUCAGCAAGCAAGUGCAACGAGUGGCUGUUGAUGCCCCAGUCAGUUCAGUGGCACUUCGACAGUUUGGAGGCUAUGUUGCCACCAUUGGAACCAAGUUCUGCACUUUGAACUGGGAAGAUCAAUCAGUAUUUGUCCUAGCCACAGUGGAUAAAGAUAAGAAAAACAAUCGAUUCAAUGAUGGGAAGGUGGAUCCUGCUGGGAGAUACUUUGCUGGUACCAUGGCUGAGGAAACAGCCCCAGCAGUUCUUGAGCGGCACCAAGGGUCCUUGUACUCCCUCUUUCCUGAUCACAAUGUGAAGAAAUACUUUGACCAAGUGGACAUCUCCAAUGGUUUGGAUUGGUCCCUGGACCAUAAAAUUUUCUACUACAUUGACAGCCUCUCCUACUCUGUGGAUGCCUUUGACUAUGACCUGCAAACAGGACAGAUUUCCAACCGCAGAAUUGUUUACAAGAUGGAGAAAGAUGAACAAAUCCCAGAUGGAAUGUGUAUUGAUGCAGAGGGAAAGCUUUGGGUAGCCUGUUACAAUGGAGGAAGAGUAAUCCGACUAGAUCCUGAGACAGGAAAAAGACUCCAAACUGUGAAGUUGCCUGUUGAUAAAACAACUUCAUGCUGCUUCGGAGGGAAGGAUUACUCUGAAAUGUAUGUGACCUGUGCCAGGGACGGGCUGGACACUGAAAGCCUUUUGAGGCAGCCUGAUGCUGGUGGCAUUUUCAAGGUAACUGGUCUCGGGGUCAAAGGAAUUGCCCCAUAUUCUUAUGCAGGGUGAACUGCAGCUCUUCCUUGCUAUCAGAAGAAAAAGCUUUGAAGCUGGAGAAUUAAGGGACUGACAUCAAUGAGAUUUCAAUCUAUUUUUAAAUGAAGCAAUGAUGUUAUAGCAUGGUCAAGCUUGAAUUUACCGUUUUGAUUGGGUGCUGGGGAGUAAACGCAGGGUGUGGCAUAUUAAUUAAGAACAUAUACUAACAGUGACCUCCAUCCCUGGAUUCCUUUCCUUACAAUUUUUUAAAGGUAGAAGAUUUUUUUCCCCAGAGAAUGACAAGUAUUUUCGAUAACACACGCUAGGUCUUCUUCUAAAAUGAAUCCUGUAGAAAUGCAAAAGUUAGUUUAACUAUCCAUCAAUCAGCCUGAUGAUGAUCAAUCAGCUCUGGGGGUUGAAAUGGGACUAUGUAUAUUCUUUUCUUACAUUCCAUACUUGCUGUGUCAAAAGCUUCAAAAACUCGAUGCAUAGAAACUUGGUGAUGAUUUAUAAUGAUUAUGUGACUCUGUGUGUUAUUUUACAAACUAAAACACUGCCUGAGGAUAUGAUUCAAACACCAUGGCACAAUUGAUGGUUCUUACUGCCACCUACUGGACAUGAAAACAAAUACAACACAUUGCAGAGAA